GAUACGGCGUCCGGUCUUUACCAACCUCCGAGGAAGACUACCUGGUGACGUCAUCACCCCUCGACGGUCAACACGCAGAAGCGCUCGUCUCAACUUUUCGUACCGCAAUUGUGUAUUGGGUUUAUUUUACCAGGAGGUAAAGGUGACAUCGUUUAUUGUGAAUGGAUGGUAGUUUUAUUGAAAAGUAGACGCACAGGAAGAGAUAACGAAAAGACGAAGUGACUGCAUAUAAUUUUACAUCUGCUUUAUCCUGUCGAAAUCUAUUGGAUUUUGCUUGAUAUUGCCCUGAUAAGUGUCUCCUCUCAGCAUGAAUGAAGAAGAGCUGGUGGAGAACUUCCGGGCUCAGAUGAGGAAGGAUCCAGACGUGGCGUCCGCCGUGGCCGCCAUCCGCACCCUGCUGGAGUUCCUCAAGAGAGACCAAGGUGAGACCCUGCUGGGCCUCAGAGAGAGUCUGACGUGGGCCAGGGACCGCCUGACAGGCGUGGACUCGUCGGUGGCCGUGUCAUCUGGCGGCGAGCUCUUCCUGCGCUUCAUCAGCCUCACGUCGCUGGAGCACCAGGAUCUGUCCCGCUGCAAGAAGGUGAUGGAGGAGCGAGGGGAGCUUUUCUUAGAGAAGAUAUCCAUGUCCAGAAGCAAAGUAGCCAAGCUGUGUCACACCUUCAUCAAAGAUGGUGCAAAGAUCCUGACACACUCCUACUCUAGGGUGGUCCUCCGCGUGUUGCAGAAGGCGGCGGGCGAGAAUAAGCGCUUCUCCGUAUUCGUCACAGAGUCGCAGCCCGACGGCGCCGGGCGCCAGAUGGCAGAAGACCUGAGGAAGCUCAACGUUCCCGCGACGGUGGUCCUGGAUGCAGCUGUGGGGUACGUCCUGGAGAAGGUGGAUCAAGUCAUCGUGGGCGCCGAGGGUGUGGUGGAGAGCGGCGGGAUCAUCAACAAGAUCGGAACCUACCAGAUGGCGGUGUGCGCCAAAGCUCACAACAAACCUUUCUACGUGGUGGCCGAGAGCUUCAAGUUUGUGCGCCUCUACCCACUCAACCAACAGGACGUGCCCGAUAAGUUCAAGUACAAAGCAGACACGUUGAAGCAACACCCCAACUUGUCCGAGGAACACCCGCUGGUGGACUACACGCCCCCCUCCCUCAUCACCCUCCUCUUCACGGACCUUGGCGUCCUCACGCCAUCGGCCGUCAGCGACGAGCUCAUCAAGCUUUAUUUAUAAACAUUUGGCUCAUUAAACGUUGAAAGAUGGAAAAGAGGCCUGAGACUUUUCAUGAUGGCGCUCAGUCGUGUCCUCGCGUGAUGGCCUUCUCAAAGUCCUCCUCGCAGAUUUGACCCUUCUUCAGCCGCUUGAGGAGGCGAGUGUCGUUGAGAAGCUCCUGCAUGUCGUCGUCAUCUACGUCGGAGCCCUGAGGACAAGACGCAACACGCUGAAGAUGCUGCUUGUGGUUGUUGGGUUUGAUGGCGCGUUACCUGCUCCUGCUUCCUUUUGGUGGCCGCCUUCUUCCUGCGCUCCUUCCUGGCUUUCUGCUUGGACCAGGCUUGGUUCCUCUGAGGCUUCUUCUUGUGCUCCAUCGUCUCUCGCUUCUCCUUGAGCUCCACCAGCAUCUUCUGCCGGCAUCGCUCCCUGUGCUUGUCCUUGUAGCGGAUGGUCUCCGUGUCCACCUCCACUUCCUGGAAGUCGGGGAAGGUUUUCCCGCGGAGUUCCGGCAUCUUUGGCAGGCGGAGGAGAGCGAAGCCGCGAGCCACCGAGGCAAAGUCCAGAUCUAGGAAAAACAGCAGAAUCUUCAGCUGUCGAGUUUGGACUUCCCCGGUGCCCAACGUGGCGUUUCACCUUUCACCCUGAAGAUGAGGCUGCACUCGUGCUUG